AAAAAUAAAAUGAAAUACAAGAAAAAGAAAACGAAAUCAGAAAAGUGAGUGAGUGAGAAAUAAAGAAAAAAUAAAUCAUAUCCCAGCCAUAACAAAACUAAAAACUUUCUUUCUUCUACGAAAUAAAAUCAAAUUUCUUAAAGAAAUUAGCAUGUUCUUGCUCAAUAAUCCACAUUCUUAUAUAAUUAAAUAAUUUUCCAUCGACGUGACAAAUAAACAAGAAGUAGUAAAGGAAAAUCUUUCAGCAAACAAAAUCGAAGAGAAAAAUACGAUUAGUAAUACAAGACGACGACGACGACAACGGCGACGUGGCUGUUUACAAUAAAUUCUAUUCACUGAGCCUUAAACUUCACAAUUAUCGGGGAAAUGUUUGUAAACAUGAGAAAUCGCCUUUUGACUGCAAUUGUGCCGGACAAUCGCUCUAUGCUGCCCCCUCUGCCCUCUCUGCACGGCGACGAUGGCCAUGAGCCAUACGCGAAGAGGUGCCUCAUAGACAAGUUUAAUUAUGCUAGGCCGGUAUUUCUGCAACUGCUCACUCCAGACGAGUUGAAGGCGUCCGCCGAUCAUAAUGUUCGUCCGAUAAUCGUGCCCCGUGACAUUUCCAUACUCCCCUUUGGCACUGGCUAUGCCGAGUGUGUGAACUCUGGCAAGUCCGAAUGGAACGAGGACCAGGCUGCCUUCUGUCGGCAAGUUCUGUCGGAUCCCUCGAAAAAGCACCCCGACUUGCCGUACACCUAUUUCGGCAUCUUCGACGGGCAUGCUGGGUACGGGGCUGCGCUAGCCGCAUCUCACCAGUUCCAUCUCAUUCUUCACGAGAAGCUGGUCGACAUCAUAGACAUGCUGCUGCCACGCGGAGAGGACGAGAACGGCGCAGUGCAUCCGCAGGGACUGCCUCAUCCGCGUCAUUUUUACAAAACCGUCACCAAAGACGAGCUGGUGGUUGGCGCUCUAGAGAGUGCCUUCUUUAACAUGGACGCCCUCAUCGCCCAAGAUAGAUUGUGGUACCGUGACGCCGGUGGCUGCACUGCUCUGGUCACGUUGUUCAUUUAUGGUAAGAUGUUUGUGGCGAACGCUGGCGACAGUCGGGGAGUCCUCUGCCAGAGAGCCACACCUAAAGUACUUAACGGCGGCGCCGAAAAUGACGAGGACACUAAGCAGGUGUUCCCAGUCCCGUUCUCGUUUGACCACACACCGGAGACCGAGCGUCGCAGGUUGAUGAACACCGCUCAGCUGAAGCCGCAGCUGAUAGGAAGGCAAUACAUUGCCAUGGAGUACGCUCGGCGACCUCAUGUCAGGGACCUGGGGCAGCGGAUCCUCUGCAGGCAGGGCAACACCGAGGGAUGGGUGUACAAGACUAUCACUCGCGAGGAUCUGCGCAUGCCAGUGGUGACGGGAGAAGGCAAGCGGAGUCGUCUGCUGGGCACACUGGGCGUCACCCGCGGUUUCGGUGACCAUGAUCUCUUAGCAAUGAACACGGGAACCUUGAUAAAGCCCUUCCUUACGCCACAUCCGGAGGUAAAAUGCCGUGACUUGUCCAAGAUCGUGUCCAUUCCGGGGGAGAAUAACGAAGACGGCGACUAUGGAAUUCUGGUCAUGGCCACCGAUGGUCUUUGGGAUGUUUCGGAAAACGAUGUCGUUGCCAAGACUGUGUUCCAGACCCUGGCAAUGUAUCCCACUGAGAAGCAUCGAUAUACGAUGGUUGCACAGGAGUUGGUGGCGAAAGCUCGUGGCAAGAUCAACGAAUAUGGUCAUUGGCGGUUGGCGGACAGCAAGGCAGCGGCCACAGUCGACGACAUAUCCGUCAUAGUCAUUCCAGUUUACCAGUAUUACAAGGAGCACGCCGAAUGGGAACGAAUAUGUGCCGAAAAGACCAAGCAGCAGGAGCAAGAGCAGCUGCAGGCGCAGGCGCAGGAGGUAGUGGUGGUGACAAAUGGUGUUGUUGAAGAGGACGUUUCUGCAGCAGCAUCUGCCCUAGAAGCAAUAGAAAUCCAUAGCAAUAAUGAUGAUGAGGAUUAUGAUGCAGAAAAACAAGAAAACGAACAGAAGCAAAAACAGAAACAGAAAGAGGAUUUAACUAGCCCAGAAGUUAAAGCGGCAUGAAGACAUUCGUAAUUUUUUUUUAUAAAAGAAACCUUUAAUUUUAGGCACACGAAGAGCGCGAAGGAAACAAUAAGAUAUAAAAGAACGUCUCUUUCAAUUCGAAGAACGAGAUGAACCGCAAACAGUAGAAGAAGUCGCAGAAGGAGAAGAUAAAAAUAAUAUAUAUAAAAACAAAUAGUAAAAAUAAAAUUUGUAACUAAAUAAAUUAUUUAAUUAAUAAUAAUAAUAAUUAUUCCGUUAGCACC